GCGCACAACACUUCACCUGAUUCUAUAUCCCCUCUCGGAUCAUAGCUUUGCGUCUAUCAACACUGCGCCUAGCUUCCUGAGGUCUACAUGGAGAUCUAUCGUCGACCCAUGCCUCAGCAUUCGAUAUUUCACUGUCCCCAUCGAGACUCGAACUUCGGAUUGACUCAUACACCUGUUGGACUGGGACGACUUUCCCGCUGCACCACAAAAGCUCUCAAGCGUUCGGAUAUAGGGUCAGUGCUCCAUAUACCAUUGCACCUGCGCACAACAUGCGCUGCCCUUACUCUAGUAGAGGACUAGUAAAUUCAAGAAGAAAGCAAUAGAACAACAAAUGUUCUAUGUUCUAUUGGCUUCCAUGGACACGACAAGUGUUCGAGCAGCUUCUAUGGGCG